GAGAUUUCUGCUCCUUCUCUCUCUACUUUUAGAGUUCCUUCUCUCUCUAAGUCCGGGAUCCAUCUUCGUCCGACCAGGUACGCACUUGUUUUGCUUUUUCACUAAGUUUUUCUUCUCUUUCUUUUAAUAAAAUCGGCCGACCCCCUUCUGUUGAUAAAUAAUGGGGAGCUCGUCCGAGUCAGUGACACCCCCUCCCUCACCUCCUUAUAAUUUAGCCGAGGAAGUGAGAGGUAUGGGAAUGGUAUUGGUGUCAACUUUAAUAAGUUGCCCGGAUCCCUCGGCUGUGCCUGAGGCGCUUUCCCUCCCGAGUACUCCUUCGCAAGCCGAGGAGGAGGAGGCCGAGGGUGCCAUCCCCCUACCCUGGGAGGUGUCCCUGGCCUAUCCCUCUUCGAGGAGUUACUUAGACAAAUAUUUGUCUGAUGGUGUAGUUAGGAUAGCUAUGCCGGGAGAAGAAGGCGAAGCUUCUACAUCCGGUCGGCUCGCGUACCCUGAGAUCGACCCCAAAGGCGGUCCGGGAGCAAAAUUUCCUCUUCCUUCUCUAAUAAAGGCCUUACUGGAGGAUGCCCGAGGCCAAGCAGCAAAGUUCCAAAUAAAGGACCCCUAUUUGUUGGUCCGACCCGAUGCCAGCCACACCAUUCUGAGCCCACCCCCUGGAUGCACCGCCUUUUAUUACAAGGCCAUGGAGAUGGGCUUGAGGUUUCCGCUGACCCAGUUUGAGAAGGAUAUACUGAAUGCAUUCAACUUGUGCCUGGGUCAGCUAUCUCCGAACUCUUGGGGCGGCAUAUUGGCGGUUCAGGUGAUAUGUGAUAUCAUCGGUGUUAAACCGACCCUCACCCUAUGGCGCCACUUGUACAAGCUGUUCGAGAUGCCCGCCGGGGAUCAUGAACCUGGUUGGUGGUGCUUCCAGGCUCGGCGGGGCUACCGAACCGUCCUCGACCUACCCACCUCGCAAAAGGGUUUUCGUCGAGGAUUUGCCUUUGUUUACUAUGGGGGAGAAUGGGGCAUCCCCAUCGUACCUCCAUCUGCCGACCCCAACCACUGCCUCAACUUUAAAGUACCCGAGCUAUCGGAAGACGAAGCAGUGGCCGCCAUCUACAUGCAAUUAGAGGCAAAGAUAGUGGACGGCGGUGAGGUUUUUGUAGCGGGGAAUUGGCUCCCGAGCUGUAAGCUAUUCAAGAAUGAGCACUUCCUCGCCGCGUUCGGCCUGAGUCCGGCCUUCCCCAAGGAAGCUUCUUUGUCCUUUUUGAAGGAAACCGAUCAAGAAAUGGCCGAGCGACUGACUUCCGCUGCUCUCAAGGCCGCUCGGAUCAGGGCCGAGAUGAAGGCAAAUAAGAUCAACAAGCCUUCCAAGCCGAAGGAUCCCUCCAACCCCAAACCAAGGAAACGCAAGGAGAGGGCCGAGGAGAGGGUCGAGCUGACAGAGAAGGCUCUGGCCAAAGCUCGAGCUGAGAAGGAGGCCUCAGCGAAAAAGGCUCGGAAGGAGCCUUCGGUUGAGUUUUCCAUCCGAAUGACCAAGGUGGCCGAAGACCGACUCGCCCUGGUCCAAGAGGUCCUUGAUCUGAAGGAGGCGGCUCAGUCGCACUUUGAUGAGCUGUACCAGGCCAAGGAGGCCAGGCGUUUGGCCGAGCUUCGCUUGGAGGAGGCCAACACCAAAAUUGACAAAGGUGAGGCGACCUGGAAGCAGGAGAGGGAGGAUUGGGAGGUGGAGAGGACCAACCUUUCCUUGGCUAAGGAGAAUGCCGAGUCGGCCAAGACUGCUGCUGAGGCCAAGGUGACCCGGCUUGAGGACGAUCUUGAGAGGGUGAAGUUCAAGCUUUCAACGGCCGAGGCCCAGUUGAAGGAAGCCCAAGCCGCGGCCUCUCGCUCUCAAGAGGAAUGGUUCAAGGUCUGGCAGACUUCGGAUGCUUGCACCGAGUUCUGUGCUGACGUGGGCCAAUCCUCCCAUAAAAUGGGCGAGGACGAGGCCCUUACCAAGCUGAGGGUUGCCCUGGCCGAUUCCUGUCCUUCGGCCGACUGGAACUCGGUUUGGUCCCGCUACCAGGAGCUGGCGGAGGCCGAGGCAGCUGAGAUCCGGGCAAGAAUGGCCGAGGAGGCGAGCUCGGAUGAGGAGGAUGAUGACGAUGACGAGGUGGCUGCCGAAGCAGGAGGGAGCACCGAGCCGCCUCCGGAGAUCGCUGCCGAGCAGCCUACUGCCGACCUCUCAACCAAGGAGCCUUAG